AUGUUAGCUGCUCACUUUGGAGAUGAGAUUCUUCCAGUUGCUUAAAUAGUGGCUUCCAGUUAGCCAUAUGUCAAUAAGUUCUUUAAUGAUUUGAGAUUGACUGCAUAGUCAAAUAGGUCAGCAAUGACAAAUAAACCAUAUUCAAAUAAGAGAAUAAGAAUCAACUCUUAAGAACAAGUCUGGUCUCUUCCUGAAACCUCUAAUUCAUACACCUUUUAUAGAUAAAAUUCUUAACGAUCAAAAAAGAGUGUAGGCCCUGGUUCUUACGAAAUUUAAUUUCCAGCUCACUUACAACAAAAUCGUCCUUGCGCUACCUUUUCUAAAAGUCAUAGAAAAUAGUUAGAAAAAUUCUAAAAUCCUGGACCUGGAUAAUACAAUAUUAUAUAGAAAAUAAAAUCAAAAACAUUUGUUUUCAAUUCAAGACAAAAUAGUGAAUACCAUCAGCAAUCCCCAGGUCCUGGCACCUAUGAGUUAAACUAAAAGUCUUGCAGAAGCAUCUCUAUUGGGACUGCAAGCUAUCAAUCACAGCCUAAUUCUCACUUUAUAACUCCAGGACCUGGGGCCUAUAAAAUUGAUUAUAAAGUAAAUAGAAAAAAAAUAGAUAGAAUUGAAAGACUCCUUAAGCCUAAAGUCAUGGUAAGAUCUUUUUACAAUAGGAAAGAGGAUAAAUACAUCUAAGAAUUAGAGAAAUAAAAAGAAACCAAAGAACAAUCAGAAAGGCAAAAGAGACCGAAAUCAGCAAUGUAAAUCAAACAAGCAGCAAGAAGAAGGAAGAUGGAAACAAUCAGAAGGAGCCUUCAUGUAAAAUUUAAUCCUCCAGGUCCUGGAAGCUAUUAGAUUAAAGAUUUCAUUUAGAUUGACCAGGUUGACAAGAAAAAUGAAAACCUAUAAAAGUCAAAUUCGGAGAAAAAAUCCAACUCCAAUAACCCAUUAGGACCUGGUAGUUAUGAAAUUAAAGAUUUUCUUUGUUAAUCUGAAUAUAUUAAAAAAAGUAACAUAAAUUCAAGUUUUGGUAAAUCAAAAAGGUUUAAGGAUGAGAAAUAUUCUGAAUUAGGACCAGGAAGUUAUGAAAUAGUUGAUGAAGAAAUAUGA